CGAGAAUCCCAUGCCAACAAACGCGGCAAGGGGCUGCCCGACCCUUUCACGACCUGAUCAGCUCCUGAUCUUCGGUCAUGCCCACUACAAGAGCCUCGGUCGGCAUUGCCUUUGGUGCUGGAUUCGCACUCGGUCUGGCGCUCUCGCCAUAUGCCCGAGUUCGAAGUGCAAGGGAGGUAUUGGAAACACCUCACGCCUUCUCCGAACUCAUCAGACCGUCGGCCGACUGGGGUUUAUUCCGCCGACGGCUGGACCGGCCCCUGCCUCUCGGUGGCUCUUCAGAAGCGUCUGAAGCGCUCUGGACCUACAUAGACUCAUUCCUUCGAUCUCCAGCAUAUCGUCUUGAGCUGGUACUUUCUCAAGCACCACUCGAUGAAGUCGACCGGUUCCGCUUGAAUCAAGGAAGCGCUGUUGGAAACCUCCAAGUCGAGUCGUUGCCGACCCGAGCGGAGGUGAUAUUCAAGUACUGUGCUCCAGGUUUCAAUUUUCGUCUCUAUCUGGCGACGCCAUCCGAUCGAGAAAUCAUCUUUGGCUUUGUCGAUUACAGUGGCUCGUUCAUCAGUUCGCUGGGCCAAAGGGUGUAUGCGUAUAUGUGCCUUGUGAGCACGGCUCGCAAACUCGAUCGGGGAUGGAUAGACAAGCUGCACUCGAGUUGACAGAAGAAAUAUAGCACGAUUGAAACGAAACGGACACCUGUUCCGAGUCAGGGUCAUCGCUCUUCUCGGUCUUGAAGGAACACCCAUCCAUCCCCCGUCAUCACCAACAGCGUCUCCACGGAGACUGGCAUUGUGUCUGUCUUUGGGAUGCCAAGAUCUAAUACUGGGCCGCUCUCUGUCACCGCCCCCCCCCCAAAAAAAAUGAUACGGUAUCAGGAGCCCCAAGGGUGGGGGGUAUGACCUGCUUGGCCUUGCUCACCCAUGCGAAAACGCGGUUUGGGGGAGGGUAUCAGCAAGUUACACUUUAUUCAGAAAAAAACGGGACAAUACAGCCGUUUCCAUGAACAUGUAGUAUGUGCUGUGCUUGCGUCAAGCAAAGCCACA